GGUACUGUAUCGGAUGAUAUUUGCUCGUUGUUGAAGCCAUGCGCGAAUGGUUUGUGCUCAAAUACAUUCAACGAUUUCGAAUGCCACUGCGAAUAUUCCUGGGCGGGAAAACGCUGCAAUGAGAGGGAUCACUGCGCACUCAAUUCAUGCGGCACAAAUGUCACCUGCACUAACCACGAUGGCGGAUAUGUGUGCAGUUCACCAGCGACAUUCAUUCCGUCGUCAUUUGCUAAAUACAAGUUACUGGAUGGAAUUUCAACGGAUCGCAGUAUUCCCGACUCUUUACAAAUCAGUUUCCUGCUGCGCACACGUUCCGGAUCCGGUCAGAUUAUCUAUUUGAAAGCUCCAAAUGCGUUUCUUUCGCUUUCGCUGAGAAAUGGCUUGCUGAUUUACGAAGCGCUGGUUGAUGGCGAUGUGAAAAAGCGAAGCUCAGAUUCCUUGAUGAACGAUGGUGUCAUGCAUAAUAUUGUUGCGAGCUCGAGUGGUUUGUACAUCGAUGGCAAGCUCAGUGGCACUAAAUCGCUGCCGUUCCCGAAAAACCUUUUCGAAAGCACUCAGAAUUUA